ACAUUUGGACAAAUCUUUGCCAACCAGUUGAGACUUUGAUAUAGUUAAUCGUAAAUCAUAAUGUGCGAGUAAAAAGUUAAAUUAAUGAUUUUUGUUAAAUUCUUUGUUUCUUUUCUUUUUAACGUUGUAAGUGAAUCUCUUAUGAAAAUCGAGCACAUAAGGAUUUAUUUUAUACAAGGAAUUGCUAAUUGCAACUCGCGCUGUGUUUCGUUGAUAAAACGCGAACACAAUCCGAUCAAUAAGUGGAAGCGGACUUUAUUUUAUCAAGUAGAAUUCGCUCAAUCAGUGGACUCGCAACGACGCAUUAUGUAUCGGUAAUCAGAAUUUUCUACGAAGCACAGUUUCUUUUCAUCUCUAAGUUGAACUACCACAUUAUUCUCAUUUAAUAUAGCAAAAAGAUGGCAUCAAUAGAAGAGAGUUGGAAAGAAGCAACUGAAGGCUUAGAUAGUGCAGUCUGUGAUACGUGGUUCACAAAAUUACAGGAGGCUUAUUCAGAGGAAAAGCGUACUUAUCAUAACUUAGAUUCACUUCGUGAAAAGUUAAACUGUUAUUAUGAGAUUAAAGAUAAUUUAAAGAAGCCCCAAGCUAUGCUACUAGCUUUGUUCUUUCAAAACUUUGAAUAUGAUCCCAAAGCUUUAGAUGGUGAAAGCAAGAAUUUGGAACAUUUUAGUGAAUUUGCAGAUGAAGCUGGAUUGCCUGCUGGUGCAGAAUUAAGAGAAGAAGUUUGCCAGCUGCUCGAAGUAACUGCAACGCAUAGUACAGAAGCACAUAAAAUUAGUGGUGUCUUUGGAGAAGAAGAUUGUCAUUACUUAUUAGAUUUGGACAUGGCUGUGUUAGGAUCUUCUUCAGAAAAUUAUGCAGAAUAUAGAGAAAAGAUACGUGGUGAAUAUUCUUUUCUUAGCGAACCAAUGUAUACUGCAUUGCGUUUAAAGGUGCUGCAAAAUUUUGUGCAGAUUCCAAAUAUUUUUGCUACAGAGGAAUUUCGUAAAAAAUAUGAAGAACAAGCACGUCAAAAUAUACAAGCUGAAGUCGAACUAUUGUCUUAGAAUAGUCAAUGAAUUUUGUGUAUGGAAGUGCGUAUUUAUAAAUAUUUUGUUAUGGCAUAUGGUCAUUGUUUAAUUAUAACGAAACAUAAGGUUCAAAUUGACACAGACCUGGUGUCAGUAGCAUUUGAUCUCUAUGUAGAGCAAAGUAGCAUAUAAUUUGAAUAUUAGUGUUUAAAACAAUUUCAGUCAAGAUACUAUGUCAUGGCAAUGUGUAAUGUUAUUAUAUACAAUAAGAUGUGUGCGUUUUACAUUUAGCAAUCAAGAAAUCAAAAGACAUACAUCUUUGUAAUGCUAUGGCUCAGGCAUGAAUGUAUAGUUUUCUGUAUUUGUAUUGUAUUACAGUUUAGUUUUACUUUUAUCAACUUUUACUUAAUUACUAGUCCAACUAUUUUAUUUAAAAAAAUUUACUCGUACUUUAAAAAUAAAAUGUUAAAUUUUAUUACAGUACUUAAAUAAACUUGUUUAAAUGUUU